UCCGGCUCCAUGACAGCAUCUCCGAAGAGGGACACCACUACCUGAUCUUCGAUCUGGUCACUGGUGGGGAGUUGUUCGAGGACAUUGUGGCCCGGGAGUAUUACAGCGAGGCCGAUGCCAGUCACUGUAUCCAGCAGAUCCUGGAGGCUGUGCUGCACUGUCACCAGAUGGGGGGUGGUGCACCGAGACCUGAAGCCUGAGAAUCUGUUGCUGGCCUCGAAGCUCAAGGGUGCUGCUGUGAAGCUGGCAGACUUUGGCCUGGCCAUAGAGGUUGAGGGGGAGCAGCAGGCAUGGUUUGGGUUCGCAGGGACACCUGGAUACCUCUCCCCAGAAGUGCUGCGGAAGGACCCGUACGGGAAGCCUGUGGACCUGUGGGCCUGCGGGGUCAUCCUGUACAUCUUGCUGGUUGGGUACCCCCCGUUCUGGGACGAGGACCAGCACCGCCUGUACCAGCAGAUCAAAGCUGGUGCCUAUGAUUUCCCAUCACCGGAAUGGGACACCGUCACCCCGGAAGCCAAGGAUCUCAUCAAUAAGAUGCUGACCAUCAACCCGUCCAAGCGCAUCACGGCCGCCGAGGCUCUCAAGCACCCCUGGAUCUCGCACCGCUCCACCGUGGCCUCCUGCAUGCACAGACAGGAGACCGUGGACUGCCUGAAGAAGUUCAAUGCCCGGAGGAAACUGAAGGGAGCCAUCCUCACCACUAUGCUGGCCACCAGGAACUUCUCCGGAGGGAAGAGUGGAGGGAACAAGAAGAACGAUGGUGUGAAGAAAAGAAAGUCCAGUUCCAGCGUUCAGUUAAUGGAGUCUUCCGAGAGCACCAACACCACCAUCGAGGAUGAAGACACCAAAGUGCGCAAACAGGAAAUUAUCAAAGUGACAGAGCAGCUGAUUGAAGCCAUAAGCAAUGGAGAUUUUGAGUCCUACACGAAGAUGUGUGACCCUGGAAUGACAGCCUUCGAACCUGAGGCCCUGGGGAACCUGGUCGAGGGCCUGGACUUUCAUCGAUUCUAUUUUGAAAACCUGUGGUCCCGGAACAGCAAGCCCGUGCACACCACCAUCCUGAACCCCCACAUCCACCUGAUGGGUGACGAGUCAGCGUGCAUCGCCUACAUCCGCAUCACGCAGUACCUGGAUGCCGGUGGCAUCCCCCGCACGGCCCAGUCAGAGGAGACCCGUGUCUGGCACCGUAGAGAUGGCAAAUGGCAGAUUGUCCACUUCCACAGAUCCGGGGCACCCUCCGUCCUGCCCCAUUGAAGGACCAGGCCGGGGUCCCUGCGUUGUCGAUCGAUCGCAGAGAUCCACUCUUUGUCCGUGGAAUGUGGCUGCUGGUCCUCUCUUGGAUUUUGUUGGAAUUCUCCUUGUCCUAUCACCCUAUUGUCACCUCUGUACCUGCAUCGUGAAAAUCCGCUCCUUCGCACAAGCCAUCACAACAUCAAAGCAAAUGGCCAGCUCUUCCCGGCUCCACCUCUCCCUCUCCCUCUCCCGCCAGUGGGGACCUUCCUCAGGCUCCGGUACCCAGGAUGCUGGCCCCAGGAGCCCUUACCCCCACAACCACUGUUGUUGGCUUGGCCUAGCUUUGGCUGUAGGUGAGGAGGCCUGCGUGUUUACUGGGAAGGGAGGAAGAGGAGGGCAAGUGUGCCCCUAUCUUCUGGGGUCCCCAGGGAAGCACGGAUGAGCCCCUCAAUUUCCAAGCCAACUCCUUAACGGGGGAGAGUAAGAGAGGAGCCAGUGCCUGGAGCCCCUGCCUUGAACUGCUGUUCCCAUCUCUGCUGGCCCUGCGUUGACCAGACCGUCCGCUGUGGGGAAGGGGUGGGUUCUCCCCUUCAGGCCCCCCACUGACUGCCUCAGUCCUUCUGUGAAGAUUGCCUCCAGUGUUCAGCUGCCCCUUCUGCCCUCCAAACGUCCUUGGAGAAUUCCAGCUUCUUCUGUCGGAGAGGAAAUCUGAUGGUGUUUCAGGGGCAAAGCAAGCAACAUUUAGGUAUCCCUUCUACUUGGACGCAUGCCUUUUUACAGCCAAACUUCUGUGUAUUUCGUAAAUGGACUUUGCGUUAAUGGAUAUUUAUGUAUAACUAGACCUCAAGAGUCGGAUCGGGUUGGGAAGUGGGUAGGAAGAGGGGUGAGGGGAAGUUUUUACUCUGUUCCAGAUUUUUUUUGGGGGGGGGGGCGGGGGGGGGGAGGUCUCUUUCUGAGGUGGCCUCACCCCGCAGGGAGCACAGCUUCCUUCCAUUCUGGUCCCCACGGUCAGCUGACAGGGUUUCUUCCAGGGCCAGCAUGACUAACACACAGUGGGUGAGUCAGGGCCGGGGAGGCCACCAGGAUAGGAAGAUCCAGACUUGACAUCUCUGGAACUGGAGUCCUCACUCCUGUACUUCCCAGGAAUUCUUUCCCCGUAUCUUUGUGCCAUCCCCUCACCCCAUCCCUCACUACCUCCUGAGCACCCUCCCUCAUUACUUCUCUUAACUUGGACGAAACAGAGCCCCAGAAACUUAUUUUCCUACUUCACGCUGAACUUGGGCCGGCUCUAGUGCGCCUGCCCGCCCGCCCUCCUGCCCUCCUGCCCGCCCGCCCUCCUGCCCUCCCGCCCUCCCGCCCUCCCUUCCUCCGUCUCUUCUCUCCCUUCCUUUCUCUUCCUCUCUCUCCCUCUUCUUGGCUCUGACAUGGAAUGCUGUGUCUCGUCCAUGGGGAUAUCCUGUCUGCACUGUUUUCUUUGCAUGACUUUAUAUGCAGUAAGUAUGUUGAAGAAAAAAACAAAAAAACAAAAACAAAAAAGAAGAAAAACACUCAGCAAAAUCAAACGACGUGUUUUGGACAAAAUAAUAAUAAUAAUAAUAAUAAUAAUAAUAAUAAUAACAACA